AUGAAACGGCUGAUAACUUCUGCAAAGAGUAUCGAAACACCAGUUGAUACUGAAAUCCACGCUCGCCUUCUCUUCCUCCGUCUACUUCUCCAACAUUUUCGUUUCAUACUCUCGCCUGCUACCUACUCAUUCUUCCUCGUCGUCUCCCUGGGCUCACUUACUUCAGAUGACCUCCUAAUUGUUGUCCUAUUCUUCCCCCUGGCUUCCGCUUUAACCACCGCCGCCUCGAGAAGUCAGAACUGCAGUUACCUCGAGGCUCCUACGAAACUGCAACUGCAAGCAUGCAAAGCCGACACCGAACUGCCUCUCAUUCAAGCGUCUGCAACUCCACGACACGGUGCACUGACACUA